CGAUCAAAAAAUUUGUAACAUAAAUACACUGACAAGAUAUUUGUAUUAUAAUAAGUUUUCGAAAUUUGAACACAAUUCUAUGCAUCAUGCUUUUUCUUCUAACAAGAAGAAGAAUUUAAACACAAUUAUAUAUUUAACGCGCCAAAAUCGCGUGUGAAGUCUCUCUAUUAGUCAACGCUAUAUCUUGAAAGGGUCUCGAGACUCUCCAGCCAUUUUAUUCUGCCUUCCUCUCUAUAUUUAGAAGAACAAAAAUUGAAAAAAAAAUCCUUAGAGAGAGGAAAAAAAUUUAGAGGAAAAUCUUCUAAUUUGGUUUUAAUUCUUCGUGAUUAAUCGCUAAUCCAGAGUGAUUAAGAAAUUAAAACCCCUUGAGGAACAAAGAAGACGUUUGGGUGAAAUUAAAAGCGCGACGACGAGGACAAUGCCGAGCAAGCUUAAAAAAGCGAUUGGUGCGGUUAAAGAUCAGACAAGCAUUAGCCUCGCCAAAGUUGCUAACGGAGCCACCGGAGGCGGCGAUCUCACGACUCUCGAAGUUGCGAUCUUGAAAGCUACGAGCCACGACGAGGAAGUCCCAAUCGACGAUCGACUCGUAACAGAAAUCCUCGGAAUCAUAUCCUCCAAGAAAUCUCACGCCGCCUCUUGCGCCGCCGCGAUCGGUCGCCGUAUCGGGCGUACACGGAAUUGGAUCGUCGCGCUCAAAUCCCUAGUCCUCGUCCUCAGGAUUUUCCAAGACGGUGAUCCUUAUUUCCCUCGCGAAGUCCUCCACGCCAUGAAACGUGGCGCCAAAAUCCUCAAUCUCUCCAGCUUCCGCGACGAUUCGAACUCGUGCCCUUGGGAUUUCACUGCUUUCGUCCGUACAUUCGCGCUUUACCUCGACGAACGUCUCGAUUGCUUCCUCACCGGAAAAUUACAGAGACGGUACACAAACCGAGAACAAACCGGAAGAAUCAGCACCAACUCAACAACAAGAUCCCGGUUUAAUCCCAAAGCCGGAAUUAAAUCCCACGAACCGGCGGUUCGAGAUAUGAAACCGGUAAUGCUUCUUGACAAAAUCACGUAUUGGCAAAAAUUACUAGACAGAGCAAUCGCGACGCGGCCGACGGGAGACGCGAAAGCCAACAGGCUCGUGAAAAUGUCGCUUUACGCCGUCAUGCAAGAGAGUUUUGAUCUUUACAGAGACAUUUCCGAUGGAUUAGCGCUUUUGUUAGACAGUUUCUUCCAUCUGCAAUACCAAUCUUGCAUCAAUGCGUUUCAAGCUUGUGUUCGAGCUUCGAAACAGUUCGAAGAGCUUAACGCAUUCUACGAUCUUUCCAAAUCGAUCGGUAUAGGAAGAACAUCGGAGUAUCCUAGCAUUCAAAAGAUCUCUUUAGAGCUUCUUGAGACAUUGCAAGAGUUUUUAAAAGAUCAAUCGUCGUUUCCAGCGAGCUCAGGGUUGUAUCCGUCACCGAAUAGUUUUCUUCCUCCGCCUCCAUCGUCCAAAGAUUCAGCGGUUUCAAGCUCGCUUGAUUUUGGGGAUUCCACGAUUGAUACGUCGGAGAGGUAUUCAGAUUACGGGUCGUUUCGUAGUACUUCGUUGGAGGAUUUGAUGAGCAGGACUGAAGCAGGGACUAGUAGUCCUCCAAUGUCUUGUCAUUCUGAGCCAUACGGAGGAGGACGAGAUGAUCCUAAUGGGAAUAAUUUUGAUACGGUUUCGACUAAAUCGCUUCCCAAUAAUCCCUCUGUUUCUGCUUCCAAUCUCAUAUUAGACCUAUUGUCAUUGGAUGACGUAAGUAACACGGCAGAAGCAGAAGAUGUUGAAGACAAGAAGAAGCAAGACGAUUCAAAGGCAGAGACUUUCGAUCCUUGGGAGGCGUUGAUGUUGAGAGAUGAUCCGAAGAAGAAGAUAGAAACGAUUGAGGAGGAACCUUCAACCGCUGAGGACCAUCAGAGAGAUUCAGGGAAUUGGUUGCUUGCGUUAGAAGAAACUGCUACGCAGGUGCAGGGUAAUAACUCGAUGGCGAUAGUACCGUUCGGGUUAGAUGAUCCGAUGCCUGCGUUUCAAGCCGCCACGGACCAAUACAACCCAUUCUUGGAAGAACCAGUUGCGCAGUUAGCUACAGCCGGAGAACCAAUGAUCACGUUCGGUGGCUUGGCUUUGACAGGGUUUCAGCCAGAACCGACAUUUCAGGUGAACGUUCCUGAUGAUUUUGAGCCGUCUUCUACACCAACAUUUAAGGCCACGGAGACUUUGCCUAUGAAAUGUGACCCGUUUACAACAUUUGAGAGUUUUGGGUUCGGAGAGACAUUUUCAGAAAAUGGAGGGGUAAAUCAGCAAUCUGUAUUGCAAGAACAGCAGAUAUGGUUGCAGAACCAGAAAAAGAUCAUAGCCAAGCACUUGAGUUGAUACAAAAUUUAUUUGGCUAGACAGAGGUUGAGAUGUUUCUUUGAGUUUUUCUUUUGUUACAUUGUCAACUUAACUCUUAACUCAUUUUUCCAUAACUUAGAGAAAUGUGAAAUUCAGAAAUUCUUUGAUUAAAAAGAUAUUUCCGCGGAUUCUAUCUUCGUACUUGCAUUCCUGUGUAUACACGAUGUAUUUUGUGUGUCUUGUAUCAUAAUCACAUUGAGAAUUUGAU